AUGACCAACCUCGCCCCACCAGCUCAAAUCGUGCUUAUCUGCUUCCUCUCGAUCGUCGGAGUGGCUUCCCUUUUCGGAAAUGCGCUCGUCAUGCUGUCCUGGGUUUUUCAUCCCCCAGUUCGCACCCCCCAAAACAGCUACAUCCUCUCCCUCGCCAUCGCCGAUUUUCUUGUCGGCGCUCUCCUCGUUCCUACCAUGAUGGGCGAAAUUUCCUCAAAUCUAUGGCCCUUUGGUUCAACAGUUUGUCAGUUUUAUAUCAUGAUCGCACUCCUUCUCUGCACCGCGUCGGUCCUGCACCUCGUCGCCAUCUCGCGGGACAGGUAUCACGUGGUUUUCGACACGUUGACGUACCGCGCCAGACGAAGAUUUUCAUUCUUUUUGAGGAGAAUUUUCCUAAUCUGGAUUUUGGCGGGGUGGCUCAUCGUGCCCCCAAUGAGGGAUUGGGAAGCGAUCGGUAACCGUACUCAACUUGAAAGCAAACUUUGCAUAGCCAACACGAGUGCGGACCUCGGGGUGACGAUGGCCUUUGGGAAUUUUGUUUUGCCAAUUUCAAUCAUCGCGGGGACUUAUUUCGCCAUUCAUAAGGAACUUAGGCGAAGAGGGGGCGGGAUUGGGAGGUCGUGUCACAGGUCGAGGGGAACUUUACCCACUAUUUUUAGCGAUGGGACGGGAUCCGUGUCGAAUUCGACGAGCAGUGGGGCUACGCGAGACUUAAGGAUAGGGCGGGAUUACAGAGCGACAAAAAUGCUGGGAAUUAUAGUUGCCGCGUUCACGAUUAGUUGGGCCCCUUUCGCCGUGGGAUAUGCGAUCAUUGGAUUUUAUCCGGAGGAUAAGAAGAAAUCUUUGAUAGCGCAACCGAUCAUGGUGGCGAUUGGGUAUUCAAAUUCGGGAAUGAAUCCCAUAAUCUACGGGUACUACAAUUCCAAUUUUAGGGAAGGGUUUAAGAAGGUUUUAUUCUGUUGGAGAAGAAAAAAGUAAGAGUAUGUAAAUAUGUAAUUCAUUAAUCCAAUUAUGACACAAAUUAAGACUGACUAAAUAAAAA